AUGGAUGCAACUAGUUCCAAGUAAGUAUACUGUGUAAAGGUAGCGUUUUUCUCAGCUAAUAUCUCCUCUCCCUUAAUGUGCACUAUACUAUGUAAUUUAAUUAGUAACUAAAAGCUAUUUGUUAUUUUAGGAAUGAGUCACCUUCACGUAAGGCUGGUGAAGGUAAAAAAAGUUUCUAUUCACGUAAGGCUGGUGAAGGUAAAAAAAGUUUCUAUUAUCUGAAAAGCAUACAUGACUUUAACAUUUGAAUUUUAUGUCACCUAUUCCCGUCGUAUAACCCUAUACUAAAAACUACUUUCCAAAUCGGUACUGUAAUAUGUAAUAAUUAUUGUUUAUUUUGCAGAUCCACACCUCAAGGCUUAUGUCCAUACUCUAAGUCCUAUACAGUCCUCCAGCAAGUCAAACAUAAAGUACUUUGACUUCAAAUUGCAAACUAGUGAUGAAGGAAGCGUUAGAAUGGUCUGUUAUUCACCUGAAAAAAGAAUGAAGCUUCAACAACAUUUUAAAAACAAGUCUCCUGUUAAAAUUCAAGGUACAAAACGAAGCAAAACCAAAGAGAACGAAUAUUCCAUCUCCAAAGCAGCCAAGAUUGCACCUUCAACUGUUGCAUUUUCGUACAAUGACAUAGUUGCAAGCCAACUCUCCACUGUACAAGAAUGUUUCAACGCAAGACAUUACGACAAAGUUGACAUGGAGGCGAGAGUUAUAUUGAAAUCCGAGAAAAAACAACCUGUUAUUUACCAAGGAAAAACAAAGUAUAAAGUCGACUGUCUGAUUGCAGAUGCGACAGAGUCAAUAAAGAUAGCAUUGUGGGAAGAUGGCAUUGACAAAGUGUCCACAAGCAAGAAUUAUCGCUUUCGAAACCUCAUGGUUCGCAUUUUUGAUGAUAAUAAGUAUCUCAAUACUAACAAAGGGACAAUUAUAGAAGAAAUCGCUGACAUAGAUGAUAUUAAUUUGUCUUCUCCCACUUUGAAAGACAACAUUGUGAAAGCGAAGUGUAUUGGAGUCGAAAUAAAAAAGAGCUGGUCGUGUCUAGUUUGCAACUGCACAUGA